GUGCUCCUGGUGGUCUUUAACUGAAGGGCACUCACUGGGUCACUGGUGAAUUUCCCCGCAGGAACUGAGUCAGACCCCAUCUCAGGGCCCUGAACACGAUAGGGGCCUGCUCUAAGGCGUGGACCCUCCCGACAGGCCCGGCCUGUCUUGACUUGCGAGGGUUACUGUUCUUGUCCCAAGCGUACAGAUGAGGAAGGGGAGACUCAGGGCGAGCGACCGGGGUCCCAGUGGAGCCCCCGGCACACGCCGACACUGGGGCACCAGCCGCGAUGGCCACCACGGUGCGCGGAGACGGCUGCGACGCGUCCGCGGAUCUCGAUCCCAAACUCCCUCCUGCCGGAAUCUGGACCCGAAUCCACCCGUUGCCCAUUUUCCGCUGCCGCUGGAGAGAAUCUCUGAGGUGCCCAGGACAGCCUGCCUGCACGGAAGAGAUGCCUCCUCAGUAUGGCCGCCCCCAGAGAGGAGCGAUGAAGUGCAGGCCUCCAUGUUGCUCUUGAGCCCGAGCGGCUUUAGGGAGCCAUGUUUUUUACUGGCGGGCGCCGGCCUCACUGAGCAUGUGCAGCCCUGGCCGGGCGGCCUCAAAGUUCUGACGUCACAGGGCGGUUCCUGAAGUGGACAUAGUUGUAAGAGCUAGUUAUUGUAGACAAUACCUCUGGGAUCAGGAACUCUAAUCUGGAAAUAGAUAGUAGGAGAGGUCGGUAAUGCUGUCUCUGGGUCAGAGACCUGAGCUAUGUGGGGUUAGAGAGGGGCCCUGGGCAGGCGAGUCUCUGGGGAGUGUGGUGAGAAUCCUUGUGUCAGAUGCUGGGAGGAGGUGGGGUCAGGGCUGGGGUCCGUGGGCCGACGGGUUGGGGGAAGGUCAGCGUCAGGGAUCAGUAGUAGAGAUUCUGUGUGCCCUGAUCUCCAGUGGAGUUUUUAAAUACAGAGUGUUCAUGAGUUUAGCAAUGUUAUUCGCCUCUCAUUAUUUAAAUAAUUUGAAGUUUUCCCCAAUAACUAGUGUCUUAGAAGUUGUGAAAAUUUCAGAAAAUGACAGGUCUUCCGAGUUCGUGAUGGGAGUUGGGUAGCACUCGCUUACGAGCACCUGGAGAGUUCCAGGUGGUGAAGGUUUAGCCCAGUAAAGCAGAGAGGUUAGGAGGUUAAAUUGGGGGCUCUGGAGCCAGACCUGUGAGGAUCUGAGUCCUGGCUCUGGCACUUAAAAGCUGUGUGACCUUGGUCAAGAUACUUGGCCCCUCUGUGCUUCAGUUUCCUCAUCUGCUAAAUGGAGAAAUAAGGGCACCUACCCCAUAGGGUAGUUGUGUGAUUACACAAGUUAAUACACUUCAGUCAUUAGCAAGAAAGUGAGUGUCAAGCUGUAUUUGUUCAGGCAGCCAUAUGGUAGCCCCACUUCAUUAAUAAACUGAGGUAUUGAAGUAUCUUCUUUUUCUUUCAGAAAAUAUUUGUCAAGCACCUUCUGUGUUCUAAGAACUGUUCUAGGGCUUUGGAUGCUAUGGAGGUCUAGAAAUUCACAUUAUGGUGGCAGGUGACAGACAAUACAAAGAGAUAAAGUAAUUCCAUAUAGUGAUAAGCCAGGGAGGAGUGCUAAAAGGAGCCAAGGU